CCUUAAAGAUUAAGUCUGUCCUUGCAUGAGGGUUCAGUCAGACCUCAGCUGCCCGCCGCUCGACACGGACUCUGCCAUUUGUCCCAUCAGCCUCGCAGGACGCCGCUCUCUGCAGGAUUCUGGGCAAAACGCAACCGGUUGUGGAGGAAUAAUGGGCGCGCACGGCUCCAAUCUGGACGAUAUCCUGGAGGAGGACAUGCACCACUGGUACACCAAGUUCAUGAGGGAGUCUCCUUCAGGGCUCAUCACGCUCUUUGAGCUGAAGGCUAUGCUCGAUAUGACCGGAAUGACCGAGGAGGCCAGCAGCUACGUAGACCAGGUCUUCUUCACCUUUGACAUGGAUGGGGAUGGAUACAUAGACUUUGUCGAAUACAUCGCAGCGAUAAGUUUACUACUCAAAGGAGAAAUUAACCAGAAACUAAAAUGGUACUUCAAGCUUUUUGAUCAAGAUGGAAACGGAAAAAUCGACAAAGAUGAAAUGGAGACUAUAUUCAAGGCUAUUCAAGACAUCACCAGGAUUUACGACGUCCCACCGGAGGAGAUUGUGAAUCUUAUAUACGAGAAGGUCGAUGUUCACGGAGAAGGUGAACUGACCCUGGAGGAGUUCAUCACCGGAGCCAGAGAGCAUCCUGACAUCAUGGACAUGCUCACCAAGAUGAUGGAUCUCACCCACGUCCUGGAAAUCAUCCUCAGGGGUCAGAAGAAAGCCAUAAACUGAAGCACACGCCAACAUGCUGGACUAUGUGGACAUUGUUUGAGAUGAUUUUUGGUGCAUUUUCAGCACCAGUGAUGAGGAAACUGUGUUUUAUGUGCAUGAUGAUGAUGAGACAGUUUGGUUGAACGGUCCCCGUGGAGGUGUGGUCUCUCUGAAAUCCAGCCAAGGGAAGCAGCGAUCCUAUCCCCUUCCCUCUGCUUGUGCUGGCAGCUCAGGCGGUGCGUUGGGAGAGUUUACAGGUUCACAUCAUGGACUGAGAUGAUGGCGCGCAAGACGAUGGAGGAAGCACUUUGAAUUAAUCGAGUUGAGCUCAGUUAAAAGUUUAAUUGAGGUUAAUGGACGUGUCACAUGGGUCUCUUGAUUCGCAGAACUGUCGAGGACGAAGUGAAGGUUAGAGCGUGCUACGUCAGUCCGAGAUGUCCUGGUCAGAUAUGGGAUCAGUUUCAUCUUCAGUCUAAAAAUAUUUUGGAUUUACCUGAUUAGAUUACUUGAUAUGAAAACAGCUGCCAAAUUCACUGCGAAUUUCUUACAAAAAGGCAUUUUUGUCAUUUCUUCUGCCAAUAGAUGACUACACACAAACUGUAAUUUUAUCUGUUUCAUGUAAGAUUUUCAUAAAAAAUACGAUUGGUUUUAUAAAACACAAAACUGUUGUGAAUAUCCAUGUGUUGAAUUGUGUAUAAAUGACUAGAUUUAAGGUUACAAUGUUGCCUUAAAAUCAAUACAACAUUUUGGUUAAAACUG